GACUCCGGCAGCUAGAGCGAACGUCACUGCCCGCCCGAGGUGGCGCGCGGAGGAAUCUCGCCGCCUCCUAAGAUGGCGCAGCAGGUGAACAUCUCGGAGCUCUCCCUGCCGCAGCUGGAAGUGUUGAAAAACCAGCUGGAUCAGGAAGUGGAAUUCCUUUCUACAUCCAUUGCUCAACUUAAGGUGGUACAGACAAAAUACGUGGAAGCAAAGGACUGUCUGAAUGUAUUAAAUAAAAGCAAUGAAGGUAAAGAGCUACUGGUUCCACUCUCCAGCUCUAUGUAUGUUCCUGGGAAGCUUUCCGAUGUGAGCCAUGUAUUGUUAGAUGUAGGGACAGGUUACUAUGUAGAAAAGUCGGUGGAUGAUGCCAGAGAUUUCUUCAAGAGGAAGAUUGAUUUCCUGACAAAGCAAAUGGAGAAAAUCCAGCCAGCACUGCAGGAGAAGCAUGCAAUGAAGCAAGCUGUAAUAGAGAUGAUGAGCCAAAAGAUUCAGCAACUGACAGCAGCAGGUGCAUCACAAGCGGUGCCAACAAAGGCCUAGCAAAGAUGACUCCCUUGCCCACCUUUUGGGUUUAUUAUUUCGUGAUGGUCAAAACAUCUGGAGGGAAGCAGCAUUCCCGCUGCCAUGCAGCUGAAGAGGGAGGGUGGGAGGGUAAGGGGAUGAUCAUUUUCGGUUCUGUUUAAAUGAAUGUGGGAGUUUAAUGUUUUUGGGAACGAUAACAUCUUGAGGAUCACAUCUGCUCAACCUGUUGAGCUUUCAGAUAUGUGGUGAAGAAGAUUGGAUUGCUAGCUAUUGCACCUGGGGUUUGUCUUUCAUAUGAUGCCCCAGUGAAAAUGCAGUGGCUUGUAAAUGGAAUUGUACAAAAUAAAUGGGUAGGACGACAAAACAAGUAACAAUUGCAUAUUGACAAAUGCAUUGCUGCCCAUAAAACAGAUGUGCCCGUGGACAACCUCCCUGCUGCCCAGCAGGCUCCAAGCCCCACCUGAUUUUGUUGUGUUAAGGUUCUUUUGAUUUAAAAAAGGGAAGUAAUCAAUUUGAGUUACAUUUAGUUUGAAGAAUACUUCUGGGCCUUGUAUGUACCCUGAAGGUACUCUUGGAAAAAUAAAAAUUAGAGAAAGCUGCA